AUGGAAGCCUGGACCAGCUACUUUUACAAGUCGCCUCUCGUCGUUGCUGUCGAGUGUGCGGGCCUGAACAUGGUCAAGUUACUGGUUGAAUAUGGCGCAGACCCAAAUUGGUCGGCAUUGGGCAUCCUCGAAACAGCUAAAAGGAAACAAGUUAUUGAAGAGUCUCGGCUUUGGAGAUUCCAUUCUAUCGACGAGAACAGUCAAAUUCUCAUCGACUUCCCAAUACAAGCCGCAGCAGGCCUUGAAGAUCCAGAGAUGACGAAAUAUCUCUUGAGCAAGGGGGCAACAAUGAAUCCAGUAUAUGGCACGCCUCCUUUGUCACUCGCAGCAUGCCAUGGGAGAGAUGCUCCUGUCGACUUAUUGAUCAGGCGGGGUGCAAUGGUCAACCCAGCAGAGGUGGAAGAAAGCGGCCUAUCGUCUCUUGAGGCCGCAGUGUGGUCAGGAAAUGAGAAAUUGGUGCAGCGGAUUACUUCUGCUGGGGCAGACCUGGAUUGGGGCUCAAUGGGAAGAUGGGGAGGCACAGCACUUCACCAAGCACCCGAACGAGGAUUUGGUGCCAUAUUUGACCUGCGAAGGGCGGGUGCAAAGCGUGACUGUUCCUCUGUUCCAAAUCACGCCACGACGAUUCUUCAAGGGUUCGUCAAACAUCAUGACUAUGAGCGGACACUUAGGCUGUUGCGUGACGGAGUGUCUCCGAACGCAAAGUGCAGGGAUGGCUCCUCGCCGUUGACAGCAGCGAUUUUGAGUCAAGAUUUGGCGCUCAUGUCUCUCUUGCUUGAAUGGGGCGCAGAUGCCAACGAUGCGUAUCCAAUGCCCGCACUGGACGAGGAGCUAGAGUUCCCGCUUCCUGUCUUUGAUAUCGAUGAUAUGCUAACGACGUGCUCAUUACCUCCUCUGCAUUGGGCAGUUGCUGUCGGCAACCUGGAUGCCGUAACCUGCCUGUGCAAUGGCGGAGCUGAUCUGAACAAACCUGACAUUUCUAAGAACCAGCCUUGGGGGACUCGCGGUAUGACUGCACUGCAUGUGGCUGUUGCACCGAAACGCAAAGACAUUGUCGAAUAUUAA